UGAAUCUCUAUUACAGAGAUAAUUGUUCAAUAAAUAAAUCAUAGGAUGCACUCAUUUAAAGAACGUUUUCUUCGACCGAUGUUGAGAAUUUACAUUGUUUUUUUCUUAUAUAUACCGUCCUUGCUAGCCAUGGAGCUUGACUUUCACGGUACCAGGAGGGUAAUAGAUUUGAUCAAACGUACGAUGAAUUGCGCGGGAAUUUGGCCAGAAAGGACUCACGAGCCGGUUUUCAUUUUUUUCGCUGUUUACUUGGCCACACAUUUAAUAAUGGGAGUCAUUUCGAUUACCGAUAACAUAUCGAAUAUGGAAUAUGUUAUUGCUUGCUUUGAAGAGAACUUGUUCAAUUUUAUGGCGUUAUUGAAGAUAUGCAUAUGCAGAAUUAAUAGCAAUUCGUUGGCCGAAAUUUUAAAGGAAAUCAAAGUCGAUCUUAUUCCAGAAAGAUACAAAACCGAUGAGGAAAAGAUUGCUUUUUUAAAUUAUAACAAUUUUAGUUUAAUGAUCGUUAAGAUCACUUUAGGAACAAGCACCACAUCUGCUAUGCUGUAUUUUGUGUCCUUUUUAGCUAUCAACAUUGAAAUGGUCGUCGCAAAUUCAUCUUACGGAUACGUAUUGCCAUACAAAACUCCUCCGCCGAUCGAACCGACAAAUCUGACGAUCUACGUUUUUCUUUGUCUAUAUGAGUUUUUAAUAGUACUAAUUUUAAUCUCCGGUUACGUUGGAACUGAUUGUCUAAUAAUCAGUUUGGUACUCCACGUCAGUGGUGUUUUCUCUGCACUUUCCUGCAAAGUAAAGCACGUUUUGAACAAUCCGGGGAAUCGUAAACGUCGAAUAAAAAAAUUAAUUUUGAGACACAUACGUCUAAUACGAUUAGCUGAUUCUUUGGAAAGUAAUUUCAACAUACUGAUUUUACAACAAUUAUUGGGAAGUACCCUUCAUCUUUCUCUUCUUGGUUAUGACUCGCUCGUUUGUAUAGCGGCAGGGGAGCAAAAGAAGUUAAUGGCUUUUGUCAUAUUGGUAUGUCGUGUUUUAACCACGCUAUUGACUUAUUGCUACAUCGGAGAGUGUCUAAUUAAUGAAAGCACAUCCUUCGGUGAAUCAAUUUAUCAGUGCAAAUGGUACAACAUAUCACAAGAGGAGAUUAAAUUAAUGCACAUUUGUAUGAUGCGAUCGUCAAAACAAAUGGAACUGACAGUCGGCAAAUUCUUUGCGUUGUCGUUGACUACAUUCACAGAUGUUGUGAAGACAUCAAUGGCGUAUUUAUCUGUACUUCGGACAUUUAUGUAGAUGGAACGAUAACAAAAAAAUUCUAAAGAGAAAAGUUAAAAAAAGAACAAUAGAGAACUUUAAGUGUUACAUUCGAAUUGAGAAAUAGGAAAAUGAAGAAUAGAAAGAGUACCUUAUCAAAGAAAUUGAUUUGAUUACAUAAACGAUGUUACGUUUCUUUAUUUAAAACAUUUAAUUUAAGAAGAAAUAGCACAUUGUUAUUGAACUAAAUCAUAGUAUUAAAAAUAUUUUAUUUUAUCUUGUUUACAAUCUCGUUAUCUCGAAUGUACGUUCGUGCUUGCGAUAAAAAACGAACUGAACGUCGUAGCGAAAAAAAGAAAAAUGGAAAGAGCACAAAUAAGAAAAAGAGAAAAAAUGAGA